AUGAUAGAGGAAGUUGGUCCUCAGCCACCACAUAAAUGGUUAACUCUACCAGAUAUGGGUUACGUGAUAGCGAACCGUUAUAAUGUUGUACUUGUCUGUUUAGGAAUUGAAUGCUGGACUUUCUUCCCUAUGACAUCUUCAUUUUCACCGAAUGUAGCAAUUUACUGCAUUGGUUUUGUAAACAGAAAUCAUUGGGUUCAGGUAAACGUGAAAGAAGGGUUUCCAUUGCCACCAGUGACAGUAGAUUGGAAGAAGUUUCGUACUCCAGCAGCAACAUCUUGGAUGAUAGGAUUUGCAGGACGUCUACAACAUUGGCAACAACUUACGCCUAUAUUACCAACGCAUUUUGAAUUAUAA